AUGGAUUACGGACGUAAGAGGAAACUUUCUUUUGUCACAAUCGGACUGCUGUUUUUCCUGAGUGGUAUUGAAUAUGCUGUUAUCCUCCCGACUAUAUGGAGGUAUCUGCAGAUUCUCGAUGCCCCGCCGUAUUUCCUCGGACUCGGUCUGUCCGCGUUCAGUUUCAGUGGACUCGUGACGGGGCCGUUAUUCGGACGCUGGUCUGAUCGAACCCGCACUACAAAGACCAUCAUCCUUUUCUCGAACCUCUUUGAGAUUGUGGGGAACUUCAUGUACUUCAUAGGCUACUCAAAAUGGCUUCUCCUGUCCAGUCGACUUGUUGCAGGCGUCGGAGCUGGCGCAGGUUCGUCCAUUUUUGGCUUCCUGACACGGACCACCUUUCCUGAAGAACGAGCUCGAGUGUUCGCCGCUGUGAUGGCAUCACGACAAGCCGGACUCCUGAUCGGGCCUGCUUUUAACAUUUUCCUGCGAUUGUGCGAUUUUCAACUGGGACCGUUCAUCGUGAACAAGUACACCGCUCCUGGGCUCUUCAUGUGUACCAUGUGGCUGGUGCUCCAGUUAGCCGUGGUUGUGCUGUACUGGGACGUCCCUCCGCUGGACUCCGUACCCGAGAUGCACACUGCCCUUCACUGUGUCAGGGAAGAAGAGGAGCGACCUCUUGUGUGCUCGCAGGGUGACGAUAGUACACCGGUGUCAGGUUCCUGCACCAUGGUGCUAUCUGACCAGACCGAGACGCAGCUUUCAGAAGACCUCGCACCUGCCUCAGACAGUCCUCAUUCCCUGGAUGACCCCUUCGAGAACUUCAACGCCAGCCAAGAGUUCCUGAGGGAGGAGGUGGUGGUUCUCCUGACCGCACAGUUCAUCACGCUCUUUAAUCAGACCGCACUCGAGACCAUGGUCACGCCAAUGACGCAGAAGUACUUCGGCUUUGGUGAGCUGGGGAACAGUGUGAUGUACGGACUGUGUGGCGUGGAGGUCAUCGUCGGGUUCUUUGUCGUUCGCUGGCUGAGCCGCAUGCUGGAGGAGCGUGUGCUGCUCGCUGCCGGCCUGAUCGUGAGCUGCGUGGCCUGUGUCUGGUGCCUCGUCUUCCUUGCCGACCCCAAGGGUGGCUUUGUGCUGGAGCUGAGCGAGUUCAUUAUCGGGGUGUUCCUGCAGCUGCUGGGGCUUCCCUUCGUCGCAGUGUCCCAGGUGUCCCUCUUCUCCAAAGUCACUGCAGAGAAGACGCAAGGUUUUAGUCAAGGUGUACGGCGCUCCGUUGGAGGUCUCGCGACCAUCCUGGGUCCGCUCUGGGCUGGAGGUUUAACAGGAAACUUGUAUGUGAUGCUGGGAAUGAUGCUGUUUCUCCUCACACUCAUUAUGAUCAUGAUGGCACUGUCCUACGAAAAACUGGUGGAGCCCCCCGUGGUGCGGCACGCAGACGACUCUGAGGGCGAAGGAUAGACGAGGAAGUCCCUCGUUCAUACGUCAAACUGUUCAGGACAGCAGCUUGCGGUGGUCCGUCUGGCCCGGGUUUGGAGUGCGUGUGGUGCUCAGUGGAACAGAUGCUGAAGCCGUGGUAGUUACCAGCUUGUGCCAGGAGCAGCAGACCUCAGACAGCAAGAGGGAUGGACACACACGCACGCCCACACAUAUGCUCACACACACACACCUUAUACAGCUCUGCGUGUUAUGUAAUUUGCACUGUUUUGCAUAAAAUGUACAGUACCGUAAAUAUGAAAAUGCAUUUAAACAAACUACGCAAUUUAUUGUCUUCAAGUCUUUAUGCUAAGGUUGCUUUGAUUUGCGUGAUUGUAGUUUGCAGUGAGUGUACAGAUGAGGGCGCUAUUCCUCCACAACACUGAGUGUGUGCGUGUACAUGCAAAUGUCUCCACAAGGACUGGAAUAUCUGUCAGUUUUGACCUUGUGGGGACAUUUGGCUGGUCCCCACAAGGAUUUGUUUGUUUGUUUUUACAAAAACUUCAGCUUUUAUUAAAAACAAAUGGAGAAAAGAGUUUUGUUUUGAUUACUGAGGUUAA